GACAUACUUAAGGGGCUAAGUUCAAAGUUCCGCGCUGGCCUAGGGAUCGAAGUGGGUUUUGUGCUACCUGCUGCGGGUUACGUUCUCAAGAUUGUCUUGAUCGAAAUCUGUCGAUUUUUUUUGUUGUAAUAAAUCCUUCCUCAUUCGGUUUCAGUUUGGAAAGGACAGUAGGCUAGAUGGCCUGUGUUAGUCCUGGUAGUGGUCUCAGUUGGUUCAACUUUCUUUUGAAAGUGUCGACAGAUGAAGCUUCAACCACGAGUUGAGGUAAUGAAUUCCACUCGUUGAUGAUUCAAUGGGAAAGUCGAUGCUCAAAUUCUUGAAUGACUCUAGAAGAAUCUCGUAACUUACAUCAGUCACUGCCAUCAGCAAGUUUUAGUGGUAGUUACCUGACCAAUACCAAUCAGAUUAACAGUUCAUAUCAUCAAAACAGUCAAAAUCCUACGAAUUAUCCUCCAUUAUUCCAUCCUGCAGCUGUAGCAGCUGUUGCUGCUGCAGCUGCAGCGGCUGGGUACACACAACAGUUCAAUCCAGGUGUUAUAAGUCGUCCACUCAACCUGACUGCUAAUCCCAAUGGUUCGAAUCCAUAUUUCUCUUCUGCAGACACAAGCAGAGCUUAUUAUGCCAGCUUUGCAUUACAACAGUCUGGAUUUUAUCCUGGAUCCCAUACUUUCAAUAAUUUGGGAGGCAUGAAUAUUCCUCAGGAUUUUUCAUUUCCGAAUCCCACUACCUCCAUUCAUUUAUCCAGCACUGGAGUAGAAUUCCCUUCAUGUUUAUCAACUAGUACAGCGGAGUCUGAAAAUGGUUCAAAGUUACAACGAGUUGCUGCCUCAACUAGGAAUUCCAAAACUUCCACUAGUAGUAUAAAAACACAUACAAAAUCGUCAGGCGUCCGUGGCAGGAAAUCGAUUUCGUCUGAUGAGAUGGCAAAUCGCAAACGCCAGGAAUUUAAUGAACUUGUUAAAGCCCGCACUGAGAAGCUUAUGUCCGAUGGUCCCAUCGCAAAUUCUUCAACAAAUUCUGGUCCUUUAUCAUCUUCAAGUUCAGCUGGUUCUAUAGGACCAGAAUCGGGAUCACCAAACUAUCGCAAAUUGAUUCAUGCUGUAUUAGAUGCUAAAAAGUCAGCUCUUCUUAGAUCUCCAUCUGUUAUCCAAUUCUUAGUUAGUCAACAGCGUUCACUAACUGAAUAUAAACGUCAAACAGAAUUAUUUUGUGUUACGAUGAACAGAUGAAAAAAAACUAGUCUUAUUUUUCUACUUAUUCAUGUUAAUGCUUUUUACUAUUCGAUUAUAUAUAUAUUUGUAUUACAAGUUGUAAGUAGUCGAUGAGAAUCAAAUGAAAUAAAAUGAGUUCAUGUAUAUCCUCUUAAAUUGUUUAUUAUUGCUCUAUAUGUACAUAAUCCUCUUAAAAAGAAAUUAGAUCUCUCUUUAUUAACUAUUCUAAGCUAAGUCGAUAUAUGUACUCAUACAGUAGUAUGAUACUUGAG